AUGGAUCGCCCUACCAAGGGUACCUUCCGCUUGGCGGAGCGAGAAUUUCCUGCUGUCACCUGGUACACCAACAAAGGCCUGCGAAACAACUACAUCUGCUUGAUGUUUGUAGUCCUCACGUCUGCAACUAACGGUUAUGAUGGCUCCAUGGUCAACGGGCUUCAAUCUCUGGAUGUGUGGCAGAAUUACUUCCACCACCCAACUGGCUCCAUGCUUGGUCUCUUCUCUGCUAUCAUGUCCGUCGGCUCCAUCUGCGCUAUUCCAUUCGUGCCAUACAUCGCCGAUGGUCUGGGACGUCGCUAUGGUAUCAUCAUUGGUUGUGUUAUCAUGAUCUUGGGUGUGGUACUCCAGAGCAUCUCGGUCAACUUUCGCAUGUUCAUUGCCGCCCGCUUCUUCCUUGGUUUCGGUGUCGCCAUUGCCCACGGUGCAUCGCCUCUGCUCAUCACUGAGUUAGUUCACCCGCAGCAUCGUGCAAUCUUCACCACGAUCUACAACACCACCUGGUAUGCUGGAUCGAUCAUCGCCGCAUGGUUAACCUUCGGCACCAACCACAUUGGCAGCAACUGGGCAUGGCGUGUCCCUUCCAUCAUUCAGGCCCUACCAUCUCUUCUCCAAUUGACCUUCGUCUGGUUCGUCGACGAGUCUCCUCGAUGGAUGGUGGCUCAGGGCCACGUCGAGAAGGCUCACGCCACACUCGCCAAGGUGCAUGCCAACGGCGACAUGAACGACGAGGUUGUGCUCAUUGAGUUGAAGGAGAUCAAGGAUACCAUCAUGCUUGAGAAGGAAUACGAGAGCAACGGCUGGAUGGAACUGUUCCGCACCAAGGGCAACCGUCGUCGUCUUCUCAUCCUGCUAACGCUCGGUCUCUUCUCCCAGUGGUCUGGGAAUGGACUGGCCAGCUAUUACCUCUCGCUGGUUCUCAAGCAGAACGGCAUCACGAACUCCAACACCCAACUUGUUAUCAACGGUUGCCUCCAGAUCCUCAACUUCAUCGUGGCCGUUGGCCAGUGCUUCGUCGUUGAUCUCUUCGGCCGCCGCACACUCUUCCUUGUCUCGACCUCUGGUAUGCUCGGCGCCUUCAUCAUCUGGACUGCGUGUGCUGGCGAGUUUGCCAAGAAUCACAUCGCCUCGGAGGGUAAUACCGUUAUUGCUAUGAUCUACAUCUAUUACGUGUUCUAUAACAUGGCUUGGUCUGGGCUGCUCGUCGGUUAUGGUGCUGAGAUCCUCCCGUACAACAUCCGUGCCAAGGGUCUCACCAUCAUGUUUCUCAUGGUCGACAUCGCCCUCUUCUUCAACCAGUACGUCAACCCAAUCGCCCUCAACGACAUCGAGUGGAAGUAUUACAUCGUCUACUGCGUCUGGCUCGCCGUCGAGCUAUGCGUCGUCUACUUCUUCUACAUCGAGACUCGCUACACUCCUCUCGAGGAGAUCUGCAAGCACUUCGAUGGUGAGGAUGCUAUUCUUGGCGGAGACGUUGCUACUGAGAAAUCACGGGAGCUCGCGGCCGAGAUGGGUGGUCUUGACACAGUUGACCUUGGUGCCAAAUCACAUGGCUCGGUCGAGCAGAGGGAAUUGUAG